CCUACCUUCCUACGUGCCUAAGUACACCGUGCUUAUUAUGACAGUGCCUAGUAGCUAAAUACCGUCCCCUUCUUCCCACACCCUUCUCUGAUACUAAUUACAUCAUCGAGCCGGUUGUUCCAUCGACACAACUAUAUAUCUUUACUCUUGGUCAACUUCUUGUAACUUGAUUGACAGGUUCUUGUCAAUAGGCCCUAGAGUUGUGAACUGCAUUGGUAAGGAGUCGAGUAACUCCCCUGAGAAAUGAAUGUGAUUAAACUCCAAAGGAGAUUCCCUCAGUUCGAGCAAUCGGAGAUAUUUUCUCUCCAAGAUGCAUUUCGGAAGCUGGACAUUGAUGACAAAGGCUCUCUUGACGAAGCCACUGUGAUCAAGGCUACUCAACAAUCAGAACGAAAACCCUAUGAUGUCGUGCGUCAGGCGUUGAAGGAGGUUGAGCUUGACAGCUCUCGCCGUGUGGAGCUUGAGGAUUAUGUGGACCUUAUCUCCAAACUUCGCUUUGCACGGACGCAGAACCACGCUGCUUCAACUCCUGCGGCAGUGCUUCCGGGAAAUGGAGCUGGCCCAUCUCGGCAUGUCUCCAAAGGCAGCAUAGGAGGCAGAAUCCAUGUCCAGGGUUCCUCAGCAAAUGUAACACAUACUAUUAACGAGGAUGAAAGGACAGAAUUCACCAGACAUAUCAAUGCUGUUCUUGCUGGCGAUCCAGACAUUGGCCACUUUCUGCCUUUCCCUACCGAUACGUUUGAGAUGUUCGAUAAAUGUAAGGACGGCUUGGUGUUGGCGAAAUUGAUCAACGAUAGCGUUCCGGAUACGAUCGAUGAGCGUGUCUUGAAUAAAGCUGGAAAGAAGAUCAAGGAGCUCAACGCAUUCCACAUGACCGAAAACAACAAUAUCGUCAUCAACUCAGCUAAAGGUAUUGGCUGCUCUGUUGUGAAUAUAGGAAGCGGCGAUAUUAUAGAAGUGCGCGAGCACCUUAUUCUGGGUCUGAUCUGGCAGAUCAUUCGUCGGGGCCUCCUUGGCAAGAUUGACAUCAAACUUCACCCUGAAUUGUACAGGCUUCUGGAGGACGAUGAAACUUUAGAACAAUUUCUACGCCUCCCGCCUGAGCAGAUUCUACUGCGCUGGUUUAAUUACCAUCUAAAGAAUGCGAAGUGGGACAGAAGGGUAUCGAACUUCUCCUCAGAUGUCAAGGAUGGUGAAAACUAUACCGUUCUCUUGAAUCAGUUGGUACCAGAGACCUGUUCGCGAAAGCCCCUUCAGACCCAGGACGUAGUUCAGCGGGCAGAAGAAGUUUUGACAAAUGCGGACAAAUUGGGAUGUCGGAAGUUCCUGACACCCUCCUCGCUGGUUGCAGGAAACCCUAAGCUGAAUCUGGCUUUUGUGGCGAAUUUGUUCAAUACUAUUCCAGGCCUCGACCCAAUUACCGAUGAAGAAAAGCUCGAAGUUGAGGAUUUCGAUGCGGAGGGGGAGAGAGAAGCCAGAGUUUUCACCCUUUGGCUUAACUCGCUCGAUGUACAACCAGCUGUCAAUUCAUUGUUUGAUGACCUUCGGGACGGGACGAUACUCCUUCAGGCAUAUGACAAGGUCAUCCCUGGCAGUGUUAAUUGGAGACAUGUCAACAAACAGCCAGCCUCGGGAGGAGAGAUGAUGCGUUUCAGAGCAGUGGAGAACACUAAUUACGCCACCGAGCUCGGUAAGCACAUCGGCUUUUCUCUAGUAGGUGUACAGGGUGCCGACAUCACUGAUGGCCAACGUACUCUCACUCUGGGCUUGGUUUGGCAACUGAUGCGACGAGAUAUCACGAAUACUCUCUCAAGCUUGGCUAAGCGUAUGGGCAAGCGUGAGAUAACAGAUUCGGAGAUGAUCAAGUGGGCAAAUGAGAUGUCCCAUCGCGGCGGCAGAUCUUCGUCAAUACGCAACUUCAAGGACCAGUCGAUUGCUUCAGGUCUUUUCCUCCUUGAUGUGCUUAAUGGCAUGAAGAGCAGCUAUGUUGACUACGAUCUUGUAACGCCUGGUCGGAAUGACGAGGAGGCUUACGCAAACGCUAAGCUGAGUAUCAGCAUAGCUAGGAAGCUGGGUGCCACGAUCUGGUUGGUACCUGAAGAUAUCUGCCAGGUGCGUUCUCGCCUGGUAACAACGUUCAUCGGCUCCCUCAUGGCCACAUACGAGAAGAUGCAGUGAUACUGGGCAAUGUUGGUUCUUAGCAGUGUACCUUUCUCUUUCCUGUUCAGUCUUUCGUGUGCAGUCUUUGUUGUCCCUGAAGUGUCUGUAUGCAGU